AUGGCGACCUCCAGGGGCGAUCCCCCGAGGCCCAAGCCUACCUCUCUCCAGGGACGCUUGGGCAGCUCCAGAGGAGGCCAGUCGACACUGUUGCGCUCAGCAAAAGGGCGCUGGUCGUCCUUUCCCAUGGGGCAGAAACUGAAAGCUACGUACAAAGCCUCCUCCUCCUACCUGCUCCAGCAGCUCGUUCUCCGCUAUCAGCAGUCGGGCGCAGAGCGAAAGGAAUACGAGGGCGAGGGCGAGGGCGAGGGUGAGGACGAAAUGGAAUCCGACGAGUCCUCGGAGUCCGAGCUACCGAGUUUGGAGGAGGAAUUUGAUGGCGUCCUGAGAGAGGAGAUGGUGGCUAAGGCGCUCUACCAGUUGGGGCGCUCAGGUUCUGGGACUGAGCAGGUCUACCUCAAUCUGACUUUAUCGGAUUAUGACUUAGUUGACAUUAGCAUCCUCUGUGGAUAUGUUCACCUACAGAAGUUGGAUCUUUCAGUGAAUAAAAUUGAAGAUUUGUCUUGUGUGAGUUGUAUGCCUUAUCUUCUAGAACUCAACGCUUCUCAGAAUAAACUGACUACAUUCUUCGAUUUCAAGCCACCCCAAAAUCUCAAGAAGGUGGAUUUUUCCUACAACCAGAUUUCUGAAAUGUGUGAUUUGUCGGCAUACCAGGCUCUCACCAAGCUAAUUCUGGACAGCAAUAAGAUUGAAGAAAUCAGCGGGUUAGAGCUGUGCAGCAAUCUGACUCAUCUCAGUCUGGCCCAAAACAAGAUCACGGAGAUUCAUGGUUUAGGCUCGCUCCCCAUCAAAAUACUCUGCCUGAGCUACAACCAGAUCAAGAAGAUCACGGGUUUGGACGAACUGAGAGCCCUGCAGAUCGUGGACCUGUCCCACAACCAGAUCAGCAGCCUGCAAGGCUUAGAGAACCACGACUUCCUGGAGGUGAUCAACCUGGAGGACAACAAGAUCGCCGAGCUGGGGGAAGUAGAAUACAUUGAGCACCUACCUCUCCUUCGAGUUCUCAAUCUUCUCAGAAAUCCAAUUCAGGAAAAAUCUGAAUAUUGGUUCUUCGUCAUUUUUAUGCUACUGCGAUUAACAGAAUUGGAUCAGAAGAAGAUUAAAGUGGAAGAAAAGGUAUCGGCAGUGAAUAAAUACAACCCUCACCCGGAAGUGGUCGCAGCCCAGGAUCACCUGAUGCAUGUCGUCAACAGCAUGAUGCAGCAGCCGCAGAGGAUCUUUGACAGCACCCUGCCCAGCCUGGAUACGCCUUACCCGCUGCUGGUCUUGGCUGGCCCGGAAGCCUGUGGGAAACGGGAGCUGGCCCACCGCCUCUGCAGACAGUUCAGCACCUACUUCAGAUACGGGGCCUGUCACACCACGAGACCCCCUUACUUUGGAGAAGGGGAUCGCGUUGAUUACAACUUCGUCUCCCUAGAAGUUUUUAAUGGAAUGGUAAACAUGGGGAAAUUCAUUCUAACGUUUAAUUAUGGUGAUCACUAUUAUGGAUUAAGCAGGGACACCAUAGAAGGGAUCGCCAGAGAUGGGUUAGCAACCUGUGUUCACAUGGAAAUAGAAGGCAUAAGAAGCUUGAAGCACACCUACUUUGAGCCUCGGUAUAUCCUGGUGCUGCCCAUGAACAAGAUAAAGUACGAGGGACACUUGCGGAGGACAGGGUUGUUCAGUCGCACAGAGAUUGAACAUGCCAUCUCCAGAGUGGACCUAUAUAUUAAAAUUAACCAGAAGUGGCCGGGCUAUUUCGAUGCAGUGGUCAAUACAGAUGAUCUGGAUGUUGCCUACCAGCACCUGAGUCGGAUCGUUAGCGAAUACCUUGGGCUGUGUGAGGAAGCCGCCGCGAGUUCGGCUCCCACUGCAGAUGUAAGGAAACCUCUGCUGAAACAUAGAGGACUAUCUAAGUCUAGUUCUUUGAGUUCGUGUGAUUUUCUGGAUUCUACAGACAGAAACUACAUGGUGAAAUUAUGGACCAAACUUUCACGUAAAAAAACACCAGUGGAAGGAACUUCGAUAGAGAGACAGUACGAGACAGCUCGGCAGGCCCUGAUGGGAAAGAUACCUCCUCAUCACACUCUCCUGUUUCAGAGGGGUUCAGUACCAGCACCCAACUACAGCACACAUCGUUUCUCAGUUGUAGACCUACAGAAAACGUUUGAGGUUUGUGAAGAUGCUUUUAAAACUCCCAUUGAAACAUAUCCUGAGGAGAGCCAGGAUUCCCAUGCUACCAUAAAACACUCUUCCUUGUUCCAGUCCUGUCCGUGGUUGAAAGAAUUGCCUGUUGAGACAUCAGAAUCAGAAAUAAGUGAUGGCAACAGGUGUCCGUCCAUGAAAGAACUACACAAAUCGCCACUUCCGUAUGAAAAGGGGACUCUCCAACACAGACGACACACGACGUUAGUCACCAUUCGCCCAGGGUCCAACUCCAAACCCAUCCUUCCUCCAAUCCCCCAGGGCCACAAGUAUAGUACGUGA